ACGCCGAUUCGUCACGUGACUAUAGCGGCCCAAAACGCAUGCGCCGUAAGGAUUACCCUUCGGCGAUCAUCUUAAAACGGAAAGAAGCAACAAGAGCCAAAGAUGUCGCUACGUAAUCUAAAUGAAUCCUACGCUUAAUUAUCGAAUCAAUCAACUCGAAUUUGCCCGAAUGAUAGCUAAGAAGAAUAAUAUAACGUCGGAUCUUAUCUGACUAAAAUAUAUUGUAUAGUUGAUAAAGUAACGAGGUCUUAAAAAAUCGUCAUUGUUUUCUUUCCUUCAAAUGAUUCAUGACAAGAAUGGAAUUACGCGUUGGGAACAAGUAUCGUCUCGGUAGGAAGAUCGGAAGUGGAUCCUUUGGUGAUAUUUACCUUGGUACUAAUAUAACCACUGCAGAAGAAGUAGCAAUUAAGCUAGAAUGCAUCAAAACAAAGCAUCCGCAAUUACAUAUAGAAAGCAAAUUUUACAAGAUGAUGCAAGGAGGAGUUGGCAUUCCUAUUAUAAAAUGGUGUGGAUCAGAAGGUGAUUAUAAUGUCAUGGUAAUGGAAUUACUUGGACCCAGCCUUGAAGAUCUGUUUAACUUCUGUAAUCGCAAAUUCAGUCUUAAAACAGUACUACUAUUAGCUGAUCAAUUGAUUAGUCGUAUUGAAUAUAUUCAUAGUAAGAAUUUUAUCCAUAGAGACAUAAAGCCUGAUAAUUUUCUGAUGGGCUUAGGUAAAAAAGGAAAUCUGGUGUAUAUAAUAGAUUUUGGAUUAGCAAAAAAAUACCGCGACUCUCGGACUCACCAACAUAUACCAUACAGAGAGAAUAAAAAUCUUACGGGAACAGCAAGAUAUGCCAGCAUAAAUACUCACUUAGGAAUAGAACAAAGCCGGAGAGAUGAUUUAGAAUCUCUAGGAUAUGUUUUAAUGUAUUUCAAUCGGGGAAGUCUUCCAUGGCAAGGUCUUCGGGCAGCUACCAAACGUCAAAAAUAUGAACGAAUUAGUGAAAAAAAAAUGUCAACACCCAUUGAAGAAUUGUGUAGAGGAUUUCCUUCUGAAUUUUCAACAUAUUUGAAUUACUGCAGAUCACUUAGAUUUGAUGAAAAACCUGAUUAUUCCUAUUUACGGCAGUUGUUAAGAAAUUUAUUCCACAGACAAGGUUUUACAUACGAUUAUGUCUUUGACUGGAAUAUGCUAAAAUUUGGUGGUAAUCGAAGCCAGCAAGAACAGCAAGAUGAGAGAGACCGAAGAGAACGACAUCAUUUGCACGGCAGUACAGCUACACGUGGUGCUCUUCAGGCACCAACAACUGCAAGCAGUAGUCGUUUGCGAGGUGCUCCAGAUUCAGCUAGUCCUGCAACAGGUAGGUCUCUGCCACACCAUCUUGCUCCACCAACCAAUAUGACACCAGUAUUGAAUGCACCUCCAACUGCAGCUUCAGCCGCCAUGGUAGUAGGUGCUUCUCAUUCAGUUGCUCCUUUACCGUCCUCAAUGCCGCUAGGAGUUACCAUUCGUUCAAGAACAAGGUCUACACCCCGAGCAGCCAUAUCAGCACACGAAGGACCGGCCCAGAGAUGACAGGGGUUUUUACUGAUGUGCUGUGAAGUUAUUAACCAUUCUGAGCAACCUAUUUGGAGACAUACUGAAAUGAAACAAGAAAGGGUAAACCGUAAAGAGUAAUAAUGUAAAUGUUGGUGUUUAUAAGCUUGCAGAUAAGGAUAGACAAUGCUAGUCUAACUAGCUUCUAAUGGGAUGCAUUAAUAGAUGACUGAAAAAUAAUAAAAUUGACGACAUUUUGUUUCAAGUCCAGUCAAUAUAUGCGUGCUAGUUCUGGAUUAGUUCUUUUAAAAGUAUAUCAUGGGCAAAACUGUUCAAAUAUGAUAGCCCAAUUUUCCCCAGCCAUGACAGUUGAAUUUUAUGGUGCACAAAUAUUGAACAAGUGAGUCAAACGAUACUCAUUUGAGGAUGGGAGAUAUAAUGGCAAUUUAUUUCUGCAGAUUAACCUAAAGACAAUUAAAAUAUUUUCCCUCGUGCAUUGUGCAAGCUGAUAAAUCAGCUUUUAGAAAUUGUAGAAAAUGUUUGAUUUUCAUUGUUCCUUUUUCUUUUUAGAUUCAUUGCCUUGUCAUGUGUCAACAAUGCAAUGUUACAUUCAUCCAUAAUGAACAGCCUAGUUUUUACAAAUAUCAGGAACACCUUCUAUUAUAAAACUUUGUAUAUUCAAUGCACAAACUGAACUCAGGCUGUAGUCAAGCCAUUAUACAUUUUUUAUAGCUGUCUUCCUGUACAGUGUGCUUGGUCAAGGUCUGUUUUGUUUUUGAAUGCAAGUGUACUAAUUUAAGUUCCUGUAUAAUGAAACUUACUGCAGAAGAAAUCUUCCCAGUUAGAACAAUAACUUCUAAUUAAUUAUACAAUGUAUGAGUUGGUAUUUAGUAAAUAUAAAAUAAUAGCAACUUAAAGUCAGGCAGCAAUGAAAAUACCAGCCAAAUAAAAAUUAGUCCAUAGCAGUAAACUUGCAGUGAAAAUUAGAGCAUAGAAUUCCAAAGUGAUCAAUUCUUUGUAAAAUACUUAGUAUGUUAUAGAAGCAAACUAAGUUGCCAUGUAUUUAUUCAUCAAGAUAACAUUUUGCACAAUUUCAGUAAUGGUAUGUUGUUCAGUGUAAAAAAAAAAACAGUUGAAGAUUGUGGGAAUAUUUGAAAUUUUUUAAAUAACAUUGAUGUUUAAUUAACAAAGAAAAUCAUAAAAGUUUCUGUCUGAAAUUGCUAUAGGUGCUUCUCUAUCCCAAAACAGAUGAUUAAUUUUUUUUAAUGAAGAAGCUGCACUUCAAGACAGGGAAUUUAUCUUGUAUAUUUCAUGAUUUGUAAAACCAAAAAUAUAAUUAAUUUUUUUUUCCUUCUCUGACAGAUCAAACAUGAAAGGAUGCACUUUUUGCUUAACAAAAUUAUUUCUAUAAGACCAAAAAGAAACAUUUUCCAACAUUAAAAAAAAAAUCAUUUGUGCUUCUCACAGCUUCGAUUUACCAACAUUUGCUUGUAAUAAGUGAGGUAAAUAUUCCAAAGUCAACUUUUUGUGAAGACAAAGAAAUGUGCCUAAUUUUGAUAGAAAUCUAUAGAAAUUUGCAAGUUGUUUAUAAUUGAAAACUGAAUUAAAUAAUUUCUCAAAAAUAAAAAAAAAAAGAAGAAAAUACCUAACCUUUUUGGAAUAAUUUUGCAGUCAGUGCUGCAGGUUUAUGCAUCUCUUAUCUGCAAUCUGUAAACUCAUUUUAUUAUAGUUUAUUAACAGAAACUUUUGUCACCAUUUGAAAUUUCUCAAUGUCCGAAUCCUGGUAUUUGUACAUUAUAUUGACAUGAUAGGAUAUUUCUACUAUCAUUGUUAUGAAGUGAUGUCACCAGUGUAACUGUGAUUGUAGAGGUUUAAAUAAAAUAAACAAAAUAUGCUUUGA